AUCCGGUCCUCUCAAAGCCUACGCUGGGUGAAGCCAAAAGAGAAUUAUGCCUGUUUCCAAUAUUCUCGUCAUGGGAGCUGGCCCCUGCGGCCUCUCUGCUGCCAUCGCGCUCUCCAAGAUUUCUACUCUCGAAGAUCCUAUUCAUGUCACGGUUAUUGAAGUGCGUCCAGAGUUGAAGACUAUUGGCGGUACUCUAAAUAUGACCCCAUUAGCUAUGCGAUACUUGGAUUACCUCGGUGCAGGUGAGAGACUGCGCCAAGAUUCCAUUGACAUGAAGGACGGUCUCGAUUGCGUAUCGCUGCGCACGGGACGACGCAUUGGCAAUAUCUGGGGAAACAUCGGUGCGAUAAGAACUGUGCGUCACAGCCUAGUGGCGAAUCUUCUGCGAACCAUCACAGAGGACCAUGUUGAUACGGUUGAACUGCGAUGGGGGCAACGAGUUGCCAGCAUCACCGAGUCGGACAAUCAUGUCGCUUUAGGACUGGAGGAUGGCACCACUCUUCAGGGCGAUAUCCUCCUAGGCUGUGAUGGCCUCCACUCCCAUGUACGUCGACGCUGGGUUGAGCCAGAGCGUGAGAAGAGUUUCACCGGCCGUGUGAUUGCAAUGGGCUUCGGAGACACGAGCAACGCGCAAUCCAUGGUACUCUCUAAUGGUGAUCCAGCAUUAAGAGAUACCACAGUCAUUACAAGCCCACAUGGGAUGCUCUUGGCCUCAAAAUAUGAGCCGAGCAGACAGAAAACCUACUUUGCGCAUACCAUGUACGUGAAAGAGCCCGAUGGCGAUGCGCGGGAUGGCUGGAAGACACUCGGGGACGCCAAGGACGCCGUGCGCGCAGAAGUCGUGCGUUGUUUUGACAAUGGACGUGUCAAAGGAGUUCAAGAGGCGGUGGCGGACUGCCAGGAUUGGCACCUUUGGCCCAUCUACAUUCUACCGGGUGAGGGUCGCUGGUAUCGAGGAAGGGUCUUAUUGAUGGGCGACGCAGCGCAUGCGAUGCCACCACAAGGAGAAAGUACAGGAAUCGCCAUUGAAGACGGUGUUCUGAUAGCACGUGUUUUGGAGAGAAGAAGAUCUCGAACCGUCGAGCAGCUUUUCUCCGACUUCGUGUCUGUAAGAAAGCCAGUCGUUGACAAAUAUUACAGGGCUUCUAUCUGGGCAAUGGAGAAUGGCUUCCAAGAGACUUCGUGGUGGAAAUCAAUCAUUAUUGAAUGGGGAAUCUGGCUUUAUCUUCUCGUGAAGAGAUGGCGUCAGGAGAACCAUUUCGCGCAAGAUGUUCGGUCUGUGCCAUUACCAGCUUGAUGACAGAGCCGACAGGUUGCCAAACAGGGUAUGUUUUGUACUAUAAGUAUUCGAAGAAGCAAGCGAGUUCGUCAUGAUAAACAGGGGUGAGUGUAGCCCUGCACAUCGCGACAGCCAUGUUAAGACUCCAGCCCAGUAAUAAUCACAAUAAUAUAGAGACGACUUAUUUCGGCAUUUCCCCAAACAUGCUACUUAUUGCAGUAGAGCGGUGACUUAUGGUUCAUUGUAAUAAGGACCUAGUGGAGCCAUCACUUGAUUGUGAUUAGGAUAAAGAUCCCAGAGAAUACAAUAUGGAAAGGGCG